CAAUUUUCAGAGGGUUUACAUUGAUAGGAGAGGAGGUGCUAUUCUGAUUGAUAUUUUAAGGCUGUAUAUAAAGUGAACAAAUUCUUCUCACUCUCUGCUUGUCAUACUGGGCUGCAUUUGUAUCCGGGGCUCAAUGUUUCCUUGCACAUACUGGAAAUAAAGACAAACUGAAACAAUGCCAGAACCCACUAAAACAGCUGAUACACCAACAACAGAAAGUGCACCUCCUCCAGUAGAAACUAACGCUCAGAAAGAUGGGAAUCCCCCAGAAAAAGACGGAAACCUCACUGAAACAACAUCUUCUUCAGAUGAAGAGGAUUCUUCAGCAACAGAUGGUACAAAUAAACCUGGAGAUAGAAAGGACUCAGGGUCUGCAGGAGAAGAAGGAGGAAAACAAGAUUCCGAGAAAUCUGUUUUAUUUGUUGAAAAACCAAAAGGUGGAUCAAUUAGUGUAGGGCAAAAUAUCACAUUCAUAGCCAAAGUAGAAGCUCAGGAUCUUCUUCGGAAACCAACUGUUAAAUGGUUUAAAGGAAAAUGGAUGGACUUGGCAAGCAAAGUUGGCAAGCAUCUUCAGUUAAAAGAAACAUUUGAGCGACAAACCAAGAUGUAUACAUUUGAGAUGCAAAUAAUCAAAGCUAAGGAAAAUUAUGGAGGAAAUUAUAGAUGUGAAGUAACAUAUAAAGAUAAGGUGGAUAGCUGUUCUUUUGAUCUGGAAGUCCAUGAAGUAGAAUCUACGCCAUCAAUAGAUAUCCGGUCUGCAUUCAAAAGAAGUGGUGAAGGACAAGAGGAUGCAGGAGAACUUGACUUUAGUGGUCUCCUGAAACGUAGGGAAUUUAAACAGGAACCGGAAGAGCCAGAAAUAGAUGUGUGGGAACUCCUGAAGAAUGCAAAUCCCAAUGACUAUGAGAAGAUUGCAUUUCAGUAUGGAAUUACUGACCUGAGGGGUAUGCUGAAACGUCUGAAGCGCACUCGCAGGGAAGAAAAGAAGAGUGCAGCCUUUUCUAAGAUUCUGGAUCCUGCUUAUCAAGUGGACAAAGGAGGUAGAGUAAGGUUUGCGGUGGAGCUGGCUGAUCCAACAAUUGAACUAAAGUGGUAUAAAAAUGGCCAAGAAAUACGACCAAGUGGAAAGUGCAUAUUUGAACACAAAGGUAAUGAGCGAAUCUUAUUUAUCAAUAACUGCUCGCUGACAGAUGAUGCCCGUUAUCAUGUCACAGCUGGAGAUGAGAAAUGCUCUACUGAAUUGUUUGUUAGAGAGCCUCCAAUAAUAGUGACAAAAGGCCUGGAAGAUACCAAUGGUUAUAUUGGUGACAGAAUAGAAUUAUCAGUUGAAGUGUCUGAAGAUGAUGCAAAUGUGAAAUGGUUUAAGAAUGGUGUGGAAUUGCCCCUUGAUGGUAAAUCAAGAUAUAAAGUUAAAGUCGAGGGUAAAAAGCACACUUUGAUUAUUGAAGAAGCAACAAAAGCUGACAAUGCAACUUACUCAGUCAUGACAACUGGAGGACAAUCAGCUGCCAAACUGACCGUUGGUUUGAGGCCACUGAAGAUAUUGCGUCCACUGGAAGAUCAGACUGUCUGGCUCGGCAAAGAGAUCUCUUUGAAGUGUGAGAUUUCUGAGUAUGUAGAAGGAAAGUGGUACAAAAACGGGCAGCUGCUCCAACCCAGUGAUCGCAUCAAAUUAUAUCACAAAGGAAGAAUCCAUCGGUUAAUUAUUGAUAGCUCACUUGUGGAGGAUGAUGGUGAAUACAUGUUUGUUCCAGAUGCCUACAAUGUCAACAUCCCUUGCAAAGUUCAUGUUAUAGAUCCUCCUAAGCUUCACCUUGAAGGCCUUGGUGAUGAUAACACGGUAACAGUUGUCGCGGGAACGAAAUUACGUCUUGAAAUCCCUGUUUCUGGGGAGCCUCCACCAAAAAUCACGUGGAGCAGGGGAGAUAAGUGGAUCAUGGAUUCUGCAUCCAGAAUACGGGCAGAGAAUUAUCCAGACAGCAGUUGUCUGGUGAUUGAUUCAGCUGAAAAAGAUGACUCAGGUGUUUACAGAAUAAUGCUGAAGAAUGAAGCUGGAGAAGACUCAGCUCAAAUCAAUAUCAAAGUAGUUGAUAUUCCUGAUCCCCCAGAGGCACCCAUUGUGAUUGAGAUAGGAGAAGACUGGUGUAUUAUGACCUGGGAACCUCCAGCCUAUGAUGGCGGAUCUCCUCUUUUAGGAUACUAUAUUGAAAGAAAAAAGAAGCAAAGCUCCAGAUGGAUGAGAUUAAAUUUUGAUCUUAUUAAAGAAACAACUUUUGAGCCCAAAAAGAUGAUUGAGGGAGUUGCUUAUGAGGUGCGUGUGUUUGCAGUUAAUGCUAUUGGGACUUCCAAACCGAGCAUGCCGUCAAAACCUUUUGUACCUCUAGCUGUCACAAGUCCUCCUACUUGUCUGGUGGUUGACUCUGUCACUGAUACUACAGUUACCAUGAAGUGGCGACCACCAGAUCAGAUUGGAGCUGCAGGUUUAGAUGGCUAUGUUAUAGAAUAUUGCUUUGAAGGAAGUUCCUCUGACUCUGGUUCAGAGCAAAAUAUUAGUGAGGACACAGCCGGGGGCCCAGGGCAGACGGAAGAGAAGACACCCAAACCUUCGGAAGAAUGGAUUGUGGCCAAUAAAGAUCUAACAGAUAAAACAAAAUUUACCAUCCCUGAUCUUCCAACUGGAUCAAAAAUCUUUGUCCGAGUAAAAGCAGUAAAUGCUGCAGGUCCCAGUGAGCCCCGGCUGCAUCCACAGCCUAUUUUAGUUAAAGAAGUUAUAGAACCUCCGAAGAUUCGUCUGCCGAGACACUUAAAGCAAACUUAUAUUCGAAGGGUUGGAGAAGCUGUGAAUCUUGUUAUUCCUUUCCACGGAAGGCCAAGACCAAAAGUAUCUUGGAAGAAAAAUGGUACCCACGUAGACAAGAACCAAAUUAAUAUCCGCAACAGUGAAAAUGAUUCUAUCAUCUUCAUCCGAAAAGCGGAGAGGAGCCAUUCUGGAAAAUAUGACAUGAAGGUCAAAGUAGAUAACCUCGUGGACAGAGCCACAAUAGAGAUUCAAAUAGUUGAUCGUCCAGGUCCACCCCAAGCAGUAAAAAUUGCAGAUGUCUGGGGAGAAAAUGUUGCUUUGGAAUGGACACCACCAAAAGAUGAUGGCAAUGCCAACAUUACUGGUUACACAAUUCAAAAAGCAGACAAAAAGAGCAUGGAAUGGUACACUGUCAUUGAACAUUAUCACCGGACCUGUGCUACUAUUACUGAACUUGUAAUCGGAAAUGAGUAUUUCUUCCGCAUUUUCUCUGAAAAUAUGUGUGGCCUCAGUGAAGAUGCAACAAGAACAACAGAAAGUGCUGUGAUCGCUAAAGAUGGUAAAGUCUACAAAAAUCCAGUUUAUGAAGAGUUCAAUUUCACUGAAUCACCAAUGUUUACUCAGCCUUUAGUUAAUACAUAUGCCAUAUCUGGCUAUAAUGCAACUUUGAACUGCAGCGUACGAGGAAAUCCAAAGCCCAAGAUCACAUGGAUGAAAAAUAAAAUCAUUAUAGUGAAUGACCCACGUUACAGAAUGUUUAGUAACCAGGGUGUUUGCACACUGGAGAUCCGGAAACCCAGCCCCUAUGAUGGUGGCACAUAUACUUGCAGGGCUAUCAACAGUCUUGGUGAGGCUGAAGUUGAAUCCAAAUUGGAAGUCAGAGGUGGUCUUUCGUUCUUCCGACUACUACUACAAGGGGUACCUCCGCAUAUUGCCCAGUCCUAUAUGAAAGAAAUAGAAGCAAGCAAGUUUGGAAAAAAAUAAAUUCUGGCCCCAGUGCUUCUCUGCUUCUGCACCAGAAACUGCUAGCUACUCCACAGCCUCUCAUUUCUACCGUGAUCCUCCUAAAUCAUAUAUUGCCCCUUCCGUCUUGCUCCUGUUGCUGGUGGAAAGAAAAACUCACGCAUGGAUUGCUUUUUUUUUUUUUUUUUGAAGUUUAAUGAAAUAAGCUGAUGCUUACCUGCAUUUUGUAUCAUUGUGUAUUUCUGUUUCCUUCUCUUUGCCCUCUCUUUUUUAAUGCAAAAAAAAAAAAGACAAGCUAAAGAAAUAUGCAUGAGAGCUCAUUUAUAGUUUCUAAUUUAUAUGGCUAGAUACUUUUUUUGUGAAACGUAGAUGCUGCCAUACCCAAUAACAAUGCAAUCAAAACAUACCUCUUUUGAUAACCAAAUAACAAAUUAUAGGUGGACAUGUUUCCUGUGUACACGAUUUACAGCAGUUAACCAUUAAUUGAGCUGAAUGCAUCUCAAUUUAAAAGAGUUUUUUUUUCUCUGUUGUUCAUUUGUAAAUCCCAUUUCUUUGAGCUACUACAGGGGAUUUUUUUUUGGUGAUGUACAAUAAAGCUGAAGUGUUUAUGACCUAGUCACAUA